GUGAAUGACAGUUCCGAUGCGUAUUUUACACGUGCCUUCAUGCAACAACAAGCAACAUCAAGACGAAUUGAUAGUUAAAUUGAUAUUCUAUGCCCCAAUUCCUCGGUAGCUUUGAGUUUUAAUAAGAGAUAGUGAAUUGCUUUUUUUUUUUUUUAAUUGGAGGACUGCGACAACAUUUAUAAUAGAAAAGUAAUAUUGUGUUACUUUCUUUGCAAGCUAGCCUAGCUUGGUAGAAAUUGAUUGCAGUGUCUUUCAGUGCUAAACCACACUUGGUUUGUUGGCGUGAGUUUACCAGCAUCUCUGUCUGUUUGUUGUCGUGACAAGAGGAGUGCCAACGCCUUUUUCUGUCUUUCUGCCUGGGCGAAAAUUAUCUUGAAAGCACCCCCCCCCCCAACAACUUAUGAACGGUAGCUGCCAUUCAAACCAGAUCUUGAAGAAACCUCAAGUAAGUGGUUAAAAAUGGGUUGCACGAUCAGCCAAGAGGACAAAGCGGCGAUGGAAAGGAGUAAAAUGAUUGAUCGGAACCUACGAGAAGACAGAGACAAAGCGUCCAGGGAAGUGAAACUUCUGCUACUUGGUGCUGGGGAGUCUGGGAAAAGUACAAUAGUGAAGCAGAUGAAGAUCAUCCAUGAGGCCGGCUACUCUGAGGAGGAGUGUAAACAGUACAGAGUGGUGGUGUACAGCAACACAAUCCAGUCUAUCAUCGCCAUCAUCAGAGCCAUGGGACGCCUAAAGAUAGACUUUGGGGACGCCACACGAGCGGACGAUGCCCGUCAGCUGUUUGUAUUGGCUGGUACAACGGCAGAGGGUGUGAUCUCAUCAGAUCUGACCGGCGUGAUACGGAGACUGUGGACGGACAGCGGUGUCCAGACCUGCUUCCUGCGCUCCAGAGAGUACCAGCUCAACGACUCUGCCUCCUAUUAUCUGAAUGACCUGGACCGUAUCACCCAACAGAGUUAUGUCCCCACCCAGCAAGACGUGCUGAGGACCAGAGUCAAGACUACUGGCAUCGUGGAGACACACUUUACCUUCAAAGAGCUCUACUUCAAAAUGUUUGACGUGGGCGGCCAGCGGUCGGAGAGGAAGAAGUGGAUCCACUGCUUUGAGGGAGUGACCUCCAUUAUCUUCUGUGUGGCGCUCAGCGACUAUGACCUGGUUUUGGCAGAGGACGAAGAGAUGAACCGUAUGCAUGAGAGCAUGAAGCUAUUUGACUCCAUCUGCAACAACAAGUGGUUCACAGACACCUCCGUUAUCCUCUUCCUCAACAAGAAGGAUCUGUUUGAGGAGAAGAUCGGCAGGAGUCCACUCACCAUCUGUUACCCCGAGUACGCAGGUGCCAGUACAUAUGAGGAGGCAGCAGCCUAUAUCCAGUGUCAGUUUGAGGAUCUCAACAGGAGGAAGGGCACUAAAGAGAUCUACACUCACUUCACAUGCGCCACCGACACCAAGAACGUUCAGUUCGUGUUUGACGCCGUCACAGACGUCAUCAUCAAGAUCAACCUCAAGGAGUGUGGACUCUACUGAGGUGACAGGGAUCUUCAAGUCAGUGACCUUUUGAUCUUUCUAGGUGUCUGGUGAGCCUCAUGGGAGGGGAUGAUGACUUGGGAUGUUUGCAUUAGAUGAUCGUAGAAGAUUCUAGAAAGUAGAACCGGAGACUGAGACUGUUCGUUACCACACUGCAUGCAGCACCUGAUGAAUGCUGCAUUUUGGGAUUUGGUUCCUGUUUUUCUUUUUCUCCGAGAGGAUUUUCCUCCAUGUUCAACACUCUGAUGCACACCGAGGAGCAGGACAGAACUGAACUGUGGAUAAAACCUUCACUAGUGAAACACUCCCUGUGACGUCUAUGGGAACUGCCAAGUCCGACUACAGAGCACUUCUGUUUUUAGUUCCAGAUCAUGUAUAUGGAGUGAAGUGAUGUUUUUAUGACAUUUAGUUGGUGAUUAACCAACAAAUCCCACAGAUAAUCCUUGGCUAGUUCCCAAAUGGCAACCUAAUUCCUUAUGUAGUGCACUAUUUCUGACCAUCCCUACUCUCCAUUCCAGUGCUCACAUCUAUAGAUUGACACACUACUGGUAUAUAUGAAACAAAAAGGACCCAAUCAUCAAGCUGAAUAUCUCUCAUCGUAAUAUUUCACGAUUCGUUAUGUUUAAUUUUUUCAACAAUCUGUUGCAUUCGUUCACUGAGUCAUAUGCCUCAUUUCAUUUCCCAUUUAAAAAAACACAUGUAUUUUAUAGCAUGUUAUUUGUAUAAAGUAGUUGAAAUAGUUUAUUUUUCAUUUUGGUAUUUCUUUAGAUUAUCUGAUAGAAAUAAAUGCAAUCUAUGAGUAUGGUUAAUGGUCUGAAGUUGACGUAUGGAUCAGGAAUUCAUGUGAUAGAUUUGACCUGCACCUACUUUAACUCUUCACAGUUUUUAGAUUUUAAUCAGCCAUCUUUUCAUGAAUUCAAUAGUCUUGUGUAGACUUUAACAUGAGGUUUCACUUAGGCUACAAUCCUUAUUUCUGAUUCUUAAAAAUAAAAUAAAAAAUGUAGAAAAUGGACCACUUUGUAUUGAACAAUAUUUGUAUAUUUAGGACUCUUGUUCACUACCGCACAUUAUUGUACAUGUAUAUAUCAUUGUCAAGUGAGAUUAAUAACUGUAUCACAACACUUUAUAAGACAAUAAUUAUUGAUUACCUGCAUGAAAGAGAAUUUUGGAAUUCACAGCUUGAUAUUUGAUGGCCUUUUAUAAUUAAUUCUGAUUUUUUUUUUUUCAAAGUGAUUUUUCUUAAUCCUGUGAACUUCAGUGAAAGAAUGAACUGACCGAGGAUCAAGAUCAAGUGUGUAACAAAAUGUCUUGUUACCGAGGGGGAAGAUACGCUCAGACACCACUUGCAGAAUGGAGUUUUCCUUGUUCUAAUGGCAACUCUGCCUCCGAGGGCAGAAACAAAUGUGAUUUGGUUAAGUUUAGGCAAGAAGUGAGACACUAAGUAUGUAAUUCCACGUAAUAAAAGGUUAUGGGUUGGGUUAAGUUUAAGUAAGAAAUAUGAUUGGUUCGGAACCAAAAAGAUCUCCACUGAGCGUUAAUUCUGUCCAGAAAACGGUUGCCAAAUAGCCACUACCUACUGUAUCUGGGAUAGACUGUCACCACUUCCCCAAACAAUACUAUACCUUCCAGGGUCAUAUUCACCAUUAGGCCCCCAAUACACUGAAACAGGGAGGGAAUACCUGGAAUUGUCCAAUAAGACUUUAAUAAGAACUUUUUUGCUACAUUUUGAAACGGUGUGCACUAAUGAAUACGACCCUGGAGACUGAUCAGAUGUGGUAACUACAUUAUGUUUCUGGGUCAGUUUGACUUUGUACAGAUGAUGUUGUUGAUCUUAACACCAUUAAAUUAUGGCACUAAA